AGCAUGGUCAAUCUUGCCUUUGUUCUGUCAAAGCCUCUGGGCACCGAUCCACGGCGGGCGAGAUCUGAUUCCCUCAUGAUGACAAAAGAGAUGAUUAAGCUCGUCAAGAUGCAGUAUCCCAGCCUCAUUACUGUGGCUUCACCACCCAACCCUCCAAGCCGCUAUUUCGACCCGCUCCAAGACGACAUACUUCAGAGUAUAAACCUCCCCGUCAACGUGUGAACUUUCAAGCCAUCAUCCCACUUCUGCAUGUCCACGUACGCCGCCGAGCACUUCAAUGCCCCCUCAAGAGAUGAGCUAUCAGCCACCACCACAACAGUCCCCUCUGCCCACGCAGGAUCUCCCUUGCCUUGACUGCCGACGGAGGAAGGUCCGGUGUUCGAAAACGGAGCCAUGUUUCAAUUGCCAGCGCUUCAGCGUCGAGUGCGUCUACGAAGACUCGAGCCGUCUGGUGAGCAGACGCACGCCCAAGUCGACUGAUCCCCUGUCCAAACGAGUCGCCGAACUCGAAGACCUCGUGCGAAACCUAAGUCGUCGACAGCAGCAAGGAAACCCCAUGGAAACCAUGACCCAGAACGUCUUGCACAAGGUCUCUUGUCAAGCUGCAACACCAGAGGACGGUGCUACAGAGGGCAAGCUUGUAUUCGACAAGGACAGAUCCCGCUAUCUCCACAAAGGGUUUUGGGCUGCUAUGUAUGACGAAGUUCGUUCAGCGCAAACCUCCAGUUGCAUCGAACCUGCACAUUUUUUUCUGGACCGAGUCUGAUCUUGUUGUCGUGCAGGUAGGAGACCUGAGGUUUACUUUGCAAGCAGAGCCCAAGUUGCAAGACGACGCGUUCUUCUUCCCGUACACAAGUGGUCAGAGUCAACCUGCCGUGGCCCACCCCUCGAUCCCCGAGAGCGACUUCUUGAUCCAGACGUUUCUUGACAAGGUCGACCCGUUCGUCAAGAUCCUGCACAAGCCGACGCUGCAGCUCGAACUGAACCAUUUUCGACGCAGUGUGUGUGCGCGUUCUACGGAGUUUGAAUGCCGUCUCUUCACGAUCUACUCUCUAGCACUUCUGUCGAUGUGUUCGACGCUGGUCGAGUAUCGCCUUCACGAGUCCAAAAAGGUCUUGCUUUCACGCUUCCGCUCAUAUGUGGAACAAGUUCUAAGUCGAGUAAAUCUAACCACAAGUCACUCCUUAUCCACGUUGCAGACAUUCUUGCUAUAUAUUACUCUACUAUUCUGGACAGGCGAAAUGCUUCACGCGAACAGUCUCUUGGCAGUAGCGAUUGCAAUGGCCAGGCGAAUGGGCCUCAACCACGAUGGAACGCACUUCUCCCUUUCCCCCUGGCAGAUCGAGCUCCGGCGACGACUAUGGCACCACCUUGCGCUUUUGGAUGCCUGGUGUGUUGAGAACCACGGGGUCCAGCCAAUCCUCCAACCUGGAGACGCCGACACGUCUCUACCCCAGAACCAGGAUGACGCGGACUGGGAUACUACCGAGUUUGCCUCAACCCGUCCCAAGGAACACAACAAAUUCACCGACAUGACGUUGGCUCUGAUGCAUUACGAGGUGGGCGCUCUCACCAUGUUUGUCAUGAACAACACGUACACGCCCUCCAUGACGGUCCGUGGGUAUUUGGAUCUCCAGAACGAGGUCCUGCGACAAGCCCGGGAUCGACUGGACAUUCUCUAUGCCAGGAACCUGGAUGAAACCGACAUCCUGCAGAAGCUGGCAAAAGACCUCAUGCACCAAGCCUUCAAAAGAGUGCGAUUGAUCCAGCUCCAGCCGAUCCUCAAUGCCAAGGGCAUCGACGAAGGCCAGCGCGCCGGGCUCGAGGCCAAGGUCUACCACCUGGCCAUCGACUACUGCAAAAGCACGCAGAAUCUCAUCACCUUCUACACCCCCUACAGCCUCGACUGGGCCGUCAUCCGCGCCUUUUCGUGGCACUCGGUCGCCACCAUGCUCUCCAUGGUCCUCCGCCACGAGGCGCUCAGCACCACCCCCGAGGCCCGCGCCGCGAGCAGCCGCAUCGAGCGCCUCUUCCAGAACCGUCCCUCGAUCGACUACCUCGCCGGCAACGACAACCUGUGGGAGCCGCUCAGGGUCUUGCGUGCCGAACUCGCCGCGCGGGAGCGCGCUGUCGCUGCCGCCGCCGCCGCCGUGGCUCAGAAUGGCGUGGGGGUCGACGUGGUGGGCACGGCAGGGUCGGACGCUGGGACGACGGACGAGUGGGCCGACUUGGUUUCCAUGACUUCGACGAGCAUUGAUCCCGCGCUGUUUGGAUUGGUGGGUGUGGGUGUUUGUGAAGGCGAGGACCUUGGUUUUGAAACUCUCCCGGACCUGGAAGCGUUCACGUAAAAAGCGAUGACCUCUGCGGCGUCACGAUUUGGGAGGUAUGCAAGAAGCCUAAGGAUGGCAGGUUAUAGAAAUGCUUCCGGGUAUCCAAUGUUUUAAGUAUACAGGCUGUUACACAUGAUCCGGGAACGUUUCUGUGGUCCUCUGAAUCUUUCGCUACCGGCCGCCGCGUCCCACAGUCACUAAGCAGGUUAUCCGCUAUGAGU